ACGGCCACAGAUCAGUUGAAUUUCUCAAAUAGCCACUGCGUUAGAAAAUGAUGAGUAACAGAAAACUGACUUCGGAUCGGUUUUUCCGAGACAACCGCGGACGGAGGAAAUGCGUCACUUCUGCGCCGGUGACGUGGCGGUUGGCGAACUCGUCCCGGUGGUCGUGCCAGGCUCCCCGGCUCCGGGCUCCUCCAUCCCCUGGGCUGUACCUGUGGCCGACAUCGGCGCAUACCUGCGCCAGCGAACAAAGACUGCGCUGUCCUCGUGCGUGCGUGUGUUUUAAGACGUAGCCACUUGAAUUAGCCGCUCCCUGAUGUCAGCCAUGGAGACGCAUGGCAACUCGUACAAAAAACAGAAGCUCAGCAACGCCGCCGAGAGCUGGGGAAUGCAACGUGCAACUAAUGUAACCUAUCAAGCUCAUCAUGUGAGCCGAAACAAGCGUGGGCAGGUUGUGGGUACAAGAGGAGGAUUCAGAGGCUGCACUGUUUGGCUGACUGGUUUGUCUGGUGCAGGGAAAACCACGGUGAGCAUGGCUCUGGAGGAGUACCUUGUGUGCCAUGGUAUCCCCUGCUACACACUGGAUGGGGACAAUAUUCGUCAGGGUCUGAACAAGAACCUGGGUUUCAGCCCUGAGGACCGUGAAGAGAACAUCCGACGCAUUGCUGAGGUGGCUCGGCUUUUUGCCGAUGCAGGCCUUGUUUGCAUUGCCAGUUUCAUUUCCCCUUACAGCAGGGAUCGCCUCAAUGCCAGAAAGAUCCAUGAGGCAGCAGGACUGCCGUUUUUCGAGGUUUUUGUGGAUGCUCCGCUGGAUGUAUGUGAGCAGAGGGACGUGAAGGGGCUUUACAAACGAGCCAGAGCUGGGGAGAUAAGAGGUUUCACUGGCAUUGACUCAGAGUAUGAGAAGCCAGAGGCACCAGAGCUGGUGUUGAAGACCGACUCCUGCAACGUGAACGAGUGCAUUCAGCAGCUCAUUGACCUGCUUCAGGAACGGGAUAUCGUUCCCGUUGAUGCUUCAUAUGAAGUCAAAGAGCUGUAUGUUCAGGAGAAUAAGCUGGACCUGGCUAAGGCUGAUGCUGAGACACUUCCUGCUGUGCAGAUCGGAAAGGUGGACAUGCAGUGGGUGCAGGUGCUGGCUGAAGGCUGGGCCACCCCUCUGAAUGGCUUCAUGAGAGAGAGGGAAUUUCUACAGUGUCUUCAUUUCGAUUGUCUCCUGGAUGGUGGUGUGAUAAAUCUCUCCGUGCCCGUGGUGCUGCCAGUAUCAACCACAGACAAAGAGCGUUUGGACGGCGUAACAGCUAUGGCUCUGAUUUACGAGGGCAGACGAGUGGCCAUCCUUCGCAACCCGGAGUUUUACGUGCACAGGAAAGAAGAGCGCUGUGCUCGGCAGUGGGGCACCACCUGCAAAGACCACCCCUACAUUAAGAUGGUGAUGGAGAGUGGAGACUGGCUGGUCGGUGGAGAACUGCAGGUUCUGGACAGGAUUUAUUGGAACGACGGGCUUGACCAGUACCGGCUGACACCCACUGAGCUAAAGCAGAAGUUCAAAGAGAUGAAUGCUGAUGCCGUUUUCGCUUUCCAGCUGCGUAACCCGGUCCACAACGGGCACGCCCUCCUGAUGCAGGACACCCACAAGCGCCUGAUCGAGCGCGGCUACCGCCGGCCCGUCCUGCUGCUCCACCCCCUGGGGGGCUGGACCAAAGACGACGACGUGCCGCUGCCAUGGAGAAUGAAGCAGCACGCUGCUGUGCUGGAGGAGGGCGUCCUGAACCCAGACUCCACCAUUGUUGCCAUUUUUCCCUCCCCCAUGAUGUAUGCAGGGCCAACCGAGGUUCAGUGGCACUGCAGAGCACGCAUGGUGGCAGGUGCCAAUUUCUAUAUUGUAGGUCGAGACCCUGCAGGGAUGCCCCACCCUGAGACUGGAAAGGACCUGUAUGAGCCCUCUCACGGAGCCAAGGUCCUCACCAUGGCCCCAGGCCUCAUCACUCUGGAGAUCGUCCCCUUCAAGGUUGCUGCUUACAACAAGGUCAAAGGAGCUAUGGACUUUUAUGACCCAAAAAACCAUCAAGAUUAUGAUUUCAUCUCAGGCACUCGCAUGCGCAAGAUGGCUCGUGAGGGUGAGAACCCACCAGACGGCUUCAUGGCACCGAAGGCCUGGACAGUAUUGAAGGAAUACUAUAAGUCACUGGAGAAGGCCUAAAGCUCCAAGCAGAGAUGAAACAAAAACAUGGGAACACAGUGGGCUCUGCUUUUGUCGGAAAUGAUGUAUGUGGGGACCACUCACUUGACCUCAACCCUCACUCCUUCUGUCUGUGUUAGCUUAAUGCCUAACUGUAGAGCAUGAGACCGGUUUCAGUUGCUUUUUGUCUCGUUACAUUUCAGCAGUAUUUGCGUCUUUCGAAGUAGCUCUGAAGUCCAGUUUUCUCUUUCAAAGUGGAUGUUUCUCACCGACAUUACAAACCUAUAAACUGUUCACUGGUAGUUCUUACUAAUCUGAAGACCAAUAAUGAGCUGUUUUAAAAACACAUUUGAUUGCUACUUGCGUAUUCUUGAAUGGAAGUUGAGCGUUUGUGAUGUCUAAAUUGAAAGUAACCUCACCUAGGUUGGUUGUCCACUCCCUCCCCCCCCCCUCACCCCCGAAGCCCUGGCCAGGCUGCCCUGUCCUGUCUGUGUGCAGGUGGCUCUGUUACAUUUGGACUGGUGUUUGGAGCAGACGUUGAGUGCCUUGGUCUUCACAGCCAGUUCACACAGUGCCCUCUUUGAAAAGGGGCGCCAAGAUGAUUUUUGUUCCACUGCUUGUGUCAUCACUCUGAAACAGUUCAGUAGUUGUGAAUUGUGAUCCUAAACUUCCUAACCUUAAAACUACUUUUUAAUUUAGGCUAUUUAUUUGGUCCUAACUUUUAUUAACUGUGUUGUGCAUGUAUAUGUGGUGCUUUAAACGUCUUGGUAUUCUGUUACAUUUUCAUCUUAUUUUCUUUCUCCUCCUAUAAGUUACGAAUAUUUUCCAUGUGGUAAUUUGUUUUUAGAAGUUGGUCAGCAUAAUCAAAUGUUUGAGGGUUACAAAGGGAUCAGAUUUGUAAUCUUCCUUGUCUAUUAAACGGU